CUCCUUCGCCUCCACCACGUCGACCUCGAGACUCAGACAGAUUGCCAGACAGCAAACCGCGCGACCCCCCUCCCGACAAGUCGCAGCCUUCUGGCCGAAGCCACCAUAGAACACGCGAACGUAGCAGAGAGCGUCCUCGUCGAGCAUCGCCGUCGCCUUCCCGUCGCGACAAGUACAGGGAAGACUCUCGUGAUCGAUCUCGUGGCAGGGGUACUGGGGAGUCGCGGCGCGAAUCCCGAGCCAAGCACCCGCGAGAUCGCAGUCGAGGAGCACAGCGAGCCCCCGGAGACACUGGUCGAAGUGCACGAGGCUCGCCACGCCCCUCUCGACGGUCACCCAGUCCCGACCGCCGCGAAUACCGGUCAAAGCCCAAGGAAAGAAGUCGGCGAAGGCAUCGAAGCAGGACUCGCUCGCCUGAAAGAGAGAAACGAAGAGAUCAUCGUGAUCGCUCUACGUCACGCCGCCGUGAGCAGUCUCCUGGUCGAAGGAGAGACCGAUCUCCGCUGCCGCAUCGUCAAAGGUCACCAGCGAGACCUCCCUCCACAUCCACAAGAAGUGACCGUCGCCCGGCAUCACCACGACGCAGCUCCAGAGAUAGGCAGCGUAGAAGGCCGUCCCAGUCCCGUGCCUCCACUCGAUCCCUUAGUAGGGGGUCUGGUAGACGAGGGCAACAAGGCGACGAAUCCCGAGUUACUUCCAAGUCUCAACCGUCCUCUGGUGCCAACAGCGUGGAGUCAAUAUCCCCCUCAGUAUCCGCAGUCCAACUAUGGUCCUCCCACCGGACCGUCGGGCGCUUAUACACCAAAUCCCUCCUACUCGCCACCGCCAUCCGCCCCGACAGGACCUAUGCACACGAACUAUUCUCAUCCCAAUUAUCGAGGCAACUUCCGUGGGGGACUUCGGACCCCACUCGGACCUGGUCGAGGCGGCUACAGAGGCAACAGCUUCAAGAGUGCUAGCACUGCACAAUGGACAUCCAACACCUCGGGGACCGGCUCUCGGGCCGAUGACAUCAAGUCCCAUCACUCUGCAACGCCUGCUCAGAGUAGCAAGUCCGAUGUUGGCGACAAUGCAGAGGACGGCGAGAACCCGUUCCGCCCAUCCAAGGACAUGCAGGUCGAAGAUACCACACCGUCUGACAAGGCUCCCGAGAGCAAUGCUCAGCGACCCGAAAAGGCUCCCCCUUCUGGGCCGGCUGCCCAGUCGGCCUCAUCUUCGUCGUCGAAGUUCAGCUUUGCGUUUAAGGCAUCUGCAAAGCCCACUCCGACGGCCCCCAAGCCUGAGAUUUCUCAAAAGUUCAACGCUCCUGCAAAGCGGGAUACCUCACAGCAGGAUGACUCCAAGGAUCGGGAUCGCGAACGAGAUCGUGAACGGGAGCGUGACCGAGACCGAGACCGAGGAAGAGACAGAGAUCGCGAACGUGAUCGCGACCGCGACCAUGGUCGUGAUCGAGAACGCGAUAGGGCCCGCGAGAAGGAUAAGCAGAUUGACAAGGACAUUCUUCGGAGUGCCCCGACCGAACCGGCGUCGGCGAGGGCCCGCCAGGAUCCCAGGCAACCACCUCCGGGGCCCCGACAGGCCACCGCUCCGAGAACACGCAAGAUCAAGAAGACGAUGAAGCGCCUGAAACCAGGACCGAAGCUUCCGGACGAUCUCAUCAAGUCAGAGUCUGUCUAUUUCCGCAAACCCGGUAACGAGUCCGUCGUAGGCUCAGGCACGUACGGCAAGGUUUUCAAGGCUUUGCACGUCUACACGAAAGGACUUGUUGCGCUCAAGCGUAUCCGCAUGGAGGGUGAGAGAGACGGAUUCCCCGUUACGGCGGUCCGCGAGAUCAAGCUUCUCCAGUCACUGCGCCAUACAAACAUUGUCCAGCUCCAGGAGGUCAUGGUGGAACGGAACGAUUGUUUCAUGGUUUUCGAAUACCUGUCACACGACCUGACAGGCAUCUUGAAUCAUCCAUCCUUCACGCUUGACGCGGCCCAGAAGAAGCACAUGACGAUGCAACUUUUUGAUGGACUCGAUUAUUUGCACAAGAGAGGCGUUCUUCACCGAGACAUCAAAGCUGCCAACAUCCUCGUUAGUAGUGACGGCGUUUUGAAGCUGGCAGAUUUCGGUCUGGCUCGCUUCUACGCCAAAAGACACCAGUUGGACUACACUAACCGAGUCAUCACCAUUUGGUAUCGCUCGCCAGAAUUGCUUCUUGGUGAGACGCAGUACGGCCCCGCUUGCGAUGUCUGGAGUGCCGCCUGCGUCAUGGUCGAGAUCUUUACCCGCCAUGCCAUCUUCCCAGGUGAUGGAAGCGAGAUCAACCAGUUGGAUAAAAUCUACGCCGUGAUGGGAACCCCGAACAAGGCAGAGUGGCCAGGCCUGAUCGACAUGCCGUGGUUCGAACUGCUGCGCCCCGGAUACCGGCGGGCGAACACCUUUCCCCAGAAGUACCAGGACAGGCUGCCCGCAUCCGCAUACCGACUCUUGGCCGCCAUGUUUGCAUACGACCCCGCAAAGAGACCGUCGGCCGCCGAGGUACUUGCAGAUGAGUACUUUACCACCGAGGACCCGCCUCCGCAACAGGCCGUGGAGCUUGCUGACUUGGACGGCGACUGGCACGAGUUUGAGUCAAAGGCGCUCCGACGAGAGAACGAGCGGAAAGAAAAGGAAGCGCGUCGGGCGGCGGCAUCGGCCAAGGACAGCGGCACCAACAGCAACAGCAGCAACAACAACAAGCCCCGGGACCGUAAGAGGGAACCCGAGGCUCACGACGACCGUGGCGACGCUAAGAGGGUCCACGUGGAGACGAAGCCGGCGGUUGCUGUCGAGCGUCCCAGGGCCUAG